CAACACCGCUACUGCUGCGUUAAUUUCUGUUGUUGUUGGCGUUGCUGUUGUUAUUAUUGUUGCUGUUAUUGUUGUUUUUGUUGUCUCUCACUCUAUGAGGAGGGUCCGUAUGCAGACUAGGUGCCAGCAGCCACGCGAGAGCAAGCAGCAGCAGCAGCAGCAGCAGCGGAAGAAACAACGUUGUUUGCUUUGUUCUAAACAGAGUGGUAUCCGUGGUAGUGGCGCAGAAGAUUACGAACAGAUGGACAGCGCCUCUGAAACUGGUCGUCUCUCGCAGAGCGACCCUUCCAGCGCGGCUAAGCAGGCGGUCUUGCGUUAAAAACAAGGAUCACUUAUGCACUGCGGCUUCCUCUAAGGUUGCUGUUCUCGGUUGUUUUUUCGAUUGGCGACUGGUUAUUUGUGUUUUUUUGUUUGGCCAGACAGCUUCAAUUAUUCGGUAUGCGACGGGCGCCGUGUGCGAGUUUUACAGACGUUGUCUUAUGUAUGAGUUCUCUUCGUAUGGGUACUGCGUUUCAUCCCGUUGUCUGUUUAUUUGUAUAGAAACUUGUAUACAAACUCACCCUGAACGCAGGCGUGGAGUCUUUAGGACGAUCUACCUCGACUACUAAACAUACCAUGCAUGUGUACGUAGCGUAGACGACAUCAGCGACGUUCAACAGAAAUUCUAAUGAUAAAGGGUAAAGACCAAGAGAAUUGGUAAUAGUGUAUCGUGCACAAGGAGUGGCAUGCCUUGCUAUUAUCGGUUGUGCAAAAAAUCGCCACUAACUUCACUGCUUCAACUUGACACCUAUUUCUUCUGUAUUAUUGAAAUUUAUCACGACUUUAUAACAUUAUUAUCAACACAAUGUCAUUGACAUUCGCGUUAAAGUCCUACACUGUGAUAGGCUCAGCGUUCUUUGUGCACACCGUUCUUUGUCAGAUUCCGUUGAAUCCUGAUGGUGGCCAGCACAAAUGCGGUCGAUGCCCGACUGCGAACUCGGACGUAAAAAGCUCAUCUUCACCGGAACCUCUCGUAUGUGCGUCAGAUGGCCGUACCUAUACUUCAUGUGAGCUACGCCAAGCUCGUUGCCUAGGUCAUCGCGUCGAACCUAGUCACCAUGGUAACUGCUCAGUCGAAAGGCGCUGCUGGGCUCAGCAAACGCAGGCCAGUUUUCAAAAAGACGUUUUUAUGCCAGCAUGCACUGCUGAUGGAGAAUUCUCGCCGGUACAAUGCCACUCAUCAGGCCAUUGUUGGUGCGUUGAUUCGCAUGGGAAAAUUGUACCCGGAUCGACCACCGCCGCUAACAAGAGACCCAACUGCAAGCGAUUCGCCUGUACGCCCAGCGAUCGAGAACUGUUCAACGCCAACAUUCUCGAAAAAUUCGCAAGGGAGGCUCGUCUUACGCAGUCCAAUAACGUGACGUACGCACGAGCCGCUGAAUGGAAAUUUCGCCAGCUUGACCGUGAUUCGGAUCUGAUGCUUGAAGACCGGGAAUACCGAGAUCUCAAAAGGCUUGUGAAACGGCUUGUCGAGCCCCGUCCCUGUGCGAGAAACUUCAUCAAAUAUAGCGAUCGUGACAAUAACGAGAUCAUUACAGCUCAGGAAUGGAUGAACUCACUGGGUGUUGGCGAAGAAGGUGAUGAGCCUGAAGGAGCCUCGGAUGACGAUAUCACGAGUUCUUUAUCCCUGCCAAACCCCGACGAACUCGAGGAGGCCUCCGAGCUGACGGAUCCCAUCAGUGCCAGCAGCCACUCAAAUGAUGACGCGCCAUUAGAGGCGGAUGACUGCGCGACUGCUCGUGACACGGCACUUGAGCGUCGACGGCAUGGAGACACUUAUGUACCGGUAUGCAAUCCUGAUGGAUCGUAUCGUGAAGUACAAUGUCAUGCAGGGGCUUGUUGGUGUGUUGCUACAAAAACAGGCAAACCUAUUCAAGGUACUCCCCGCAAAGGCAGCAUGGUAGACUGUACGAGCGCCAAAACGAAAGCUCGGAUACUUAAGGGUUGUCCAGUGAAGAAAAAAAAACUGUUUGCAAAGUAUCUCAUAUCGAUUUUUCAUAUAGAGAAAAACAGUCACGUAAAUAUGACCCUCGAUGAAGCUCUUGUGAAAACAUCCUUGUCUACGGUGCGUAAUGACACAACAUCAUGGAAAUUCGCCACGUUAGAUUUGAACCGGAGCGCCCGUCUUGAGCGUGACGAAUGGCGGGCAUUUCGAAGGCAGUGGAAGGCAGGAGCCGGCGUGCAAGCAUUAGGUAUAGCGCGGAAACGACAGGUUCGCCGAUGCUGGAGGAACGCUGCUAAAUUCUGCGACGAAGACGAAGACAAAACAGUUUCGAAAAGAGAAUGGAGCGAGUGCAUAGGCCUUAAUCUACUUCAAGAACAUCCGUCAACGGGCCGUAAGGGACCUAAUCCAUUCGACCACAUACUCAAGAGUUAACAAGGCCUCACACUACGAACGGCUUCAAGGAUUGGAUUAAAAGGACACCUAUCGUCUCGCUCAGCAUCACCAUCACAGCACAUUCACGAAGCCCUUGUAAUUAUAAAGAAAUUGCUCGGCUACGAAACUUUUAUGCUAGCCUAUUUCUUGCGUGCAGAUGCAAACAGGCGUUGCUAGAGAGUGAAACUCAAAACAAAUCAAUCCAAUCUAUGAACGACUAUACGAAUAAAUACACGUUGUUCUAUUAACUACUAGUCCGUUUUCAUUUCACCUCGAUGUAUCAUCUCAUUGGUAAAGGGAUCUCUCUAAAUUGACAGCGCGGUAGAGAUUUUUUUGUAGGUGUGGCUGUCGUCAAAAUGGUUAGCGUUAUUUUAUUGUUUGCUUUCGUUCGUUAAUGAACAAACAGCUCACACUCAACUGUUCUAUUGGAAAUGUCGAAAAAACAUCCGAGCUAUGCUACACUUAUAGCAGUUAUCUGCUCUUUUGUCUCCAUGUUUUCAAGGUGUACGCCGUAGUCUCGGACAUCAGUUGUCACUUCAUCAGUCGCUCAUAAAACAUCAACAAUCGUACAACCACUAAUCGUGAUAAUAAUUCCAAAGGUCUGUAUAUAUGUAUAUUUAAUUUCGCAAUUUAUUUACUGCGCUAUCGUUAUUACCAUACUAUAUAUAUUAUUAUUUCGACGAGUGUUGCAACUUAACAAAAUGGCAGUACACUUAGGAUAAACAUUAACGAAACAGCAAUAUCGUUUUAAUCAUUAAAUAAUAACAGCUCAUUCUUUCUAACCUGUACACCCAGAGAACGAACGUAUACAGGGAAUCAAAAAAAAAACAGUGUAUAGUGGCCCUUCUGAUGAAUAAACAAUUGUCAUUAUCUUCUAUUAUAUGUAUCCCAGCUUUAGAAGAUUCACCUAAAACCUCAAUCUAUAGACGACUAACGGCACACCCGCCAAUAGAAAUAGCAUCUGUUCUUUACGAAUCGUUGAAAUGACUGUUUGCGACGGGUAUGAUUAAGCGAUGUCGUCGUCGUCGUCGUCGUAGGCAGGGAUAUUACCUGUGCUAUACAAUAACCUAGAGUAGGCGCCCGUUUUACGAAACUACUAACUACUGCCAAAUGACGCUUGUUGACGAUAAAACAGCUGUUGCCAUCCAAAUCGGUUUUGGUAACCCGAGCAUAACAGUAUAUUCGCACCAUAUUCUUUCUCGACAGCUUUUCCUGUAUAUCGAGGGUAGACUUGAGAGCUUUCGAUCCAUGACAGACAAGAGUCCAUGGAAAGCUCACUGAUGAUUGACGCAGGCGCUGAUUUUAGCUUACCUGGCGAGUUAAAACAAUUUACCAUGACAGGGGCCCAAUCACGAUAUUGCUAUACUAUCGCAGCGAGUGCCGGCAGCUGACUGGUAAAUGAUAGAGACACUAAUAGAGAACGUCCAUUGGGUAGCUAGAACAAGAGGAUAUCGGGCAAAGGCCAAGUAUGUCAAGAUCUUUAAUAUUCAUCAACGAGCAGAUAUGUCCUUUACAUUUGUGCUAACUGUACUAACUAAACGGGGUAAUGAUAAAACAUAUCAUGGUUGUUUUAUCAGCUGCACUAAUGUAUAGCCAUUAUCAAUACCGCGUAUACAUCUCUGUUUAUGGGUGGUUGAAGCCACGGUUCUGGUGAUCUACAUAUCUGGGUCCUUAUUUAUUAAAAUCUCGUCUUUUUAAAAAUCAUAUUGUUAUGAUUAUAAAUUUACAAAUACGUUAUC